AUGUCUGCCAGCGCUUCCGCCGAGCACGGCUACGGCACUGUUAGGCACGGAGACGUGGAGGACGGCAAGCCAUUUUCCGACGACGAGACUCGCGAGGUUCACGAUGAUGGUCCCACGUCCGAAACCAGCUCUGUCCACGUGCAGGAUGGUGUCAAGCGGGUGGAGGCCAUUACCUCUGUCUGGUCCAAGAAUACCAUGGUAGUCAUGUCCAUUCUCCUGUACCUUGUCAGCUUCGUCGACACUCUGCUCCAGAGCGUGCAGGGUGCCCUCACUCCCUACGUCACGUCCAGCUUCAAGGCGCACAGCCUGCUCGGCGUCACCGACAUCCUGGCCGUGAUCCUCGGCGGCGUGUGCAACCUCGCCAUCGCCAAGGUCAUUGACAUCUGGGGCCGCGCCGAGGGCUUCGCCGUCAUGAUCCUCUUCAUCAUUGUCGGCAUGAUCAUGAAGGCCGCGUGCAUCAACGUCGAGAUGUUUGCUGCCGCAAACUCCAUCUACUGGGUCGGCCACAUUGGCGUGCAGUACGUCGUCCAAAUCAUCUACGCCGACAUGACGACGCUGCGCAACCGCAUGGUGCUCUUUGGCCUACUGCAGCUGCCCACCAUUGCCGCGACCUUUGGCGGGCCCAAGAUUGCGGACCUCUUCUACACGCACUCCAACUUUCGCUGGGCAUUUGGCGCCUUUUGCAUCAUCAUUCCCGUCUUUGCGGCGCCAGUGGUGGUGGUGUUCUUCUACAGCAAGCGCAAGGCGCAGCGCGAGGGCAAGUUUCCCGAGCGCGUCAAGACACGCUCGUACUGGGAUUCUGUCAAGCACUAUGCUGUCGAGUUUGAUGUCGUGGGUAUGUUCCUCACCAUCUUCGGUUGGAGUCUUCUUCUUCUGCCUUUCAGUUUGGUGCAAUACGCCCCUCAUGGCUGGAAGACUGGCUACAUCAUCGCCAUGAUUGUCGUCGGCGUUGUUCUACUGGUUGGAUUCGUCAUCUGGGAAAGAUUCUUUGCCACCGUCCAGUAUUUUCCCUUCAAGCACCUCAAAGACAGAAGUGUUCUGGGUGCCUGUCUGGUCUACGGCUUCAUGUUUCUUUCCAUCUUCACCUGGGAUACGUACUACUAUUCCUAUCUUCAAGUCGUCCACGAUCUCAGCAUUACCAAUGCCAGUUACGUUCUCAACGCCUUUUCGCUCAUGUCUUCAAUCAUUGGUCCCCUGACCGGAGUUCUCAUCCGAUACCAUGGAUACUACAAGUGGCCGUCUAUUGGUAUGACGCCGUUCGCGGUGCUUGGUACUGCACUUCUCGUCUACUUCCGUACUCCUUCCUCACACGUCGGCUACCUCGUCAUGUGUCAGCUUUUCAACGGUAUUUAUAGUGGUGUGUGGGCCAUCACGGCACAGCUUGCCAUCAUGGCAAACAUCACCCACCAAGAAACUGCCGUUGCGCUAGCUCUCUACGGUCUGUUCGGCUCCAUUGGCGCUGCUAUUGGUCAGGCAAUUGCCGGUGGCAUCUGGACGAAUACCCUUCCCCAGCAGUUCUACAAGAACUUGCCCGCUGAGCUCAAGAGCAAUGCCACCGAGAUCUAUGCAGACAUUACAUUGCAGCUCGGCUACCCUAUGGGCAGCCCAGCCCGCGAUGCUAUUAUUUUGUCAUACGGCCAUGUCCAGAGAAUAUUUGUCAUUGUGGGCUGCAGUUUUCUGCCGCUCUGCAUUCUGUGUUUGUUCCUCUGGAGGAAUAUCAACGUUAAAGAUAUGGAAUCGAAGGAACGGCGCAAGAAGGGCAAUGUUCUGUAA